CUGGGCCCAAUCGUCGGAUCCGCCAUGCUCCUGGUCGCUACCGCGAUCUUUCUCUACUACACGACCUGGACUUUGUUGAUGCCAUUCGUCGACCCGGGUCAUCCUCUCCACGAUCUCUUCCCUCCCCGUGUCUGGGCCAUCCGCAUCCCCGUCUUCCUUACUCUGCUCGGCUCCGCCGUGGUUGGCACGUUCAUAGGCAUCGUGAUGAUCAACAGCAACAAGAAGAAGGCAGCUAAGGCUAAGGCGGCGGCAGCAAAGAAGAAGUCUUGA